UCCUCUCCGCUGCCCUCCUCCAGCGCCACCGGAAGCCGGGCGGCGUUAAGACCCAGCAGAUGUACAGUACAGCGAACAUCUGUCGCCGCGGUCUCCGCUCCGUAUGAAUCGCGCCCGGACUCCAGUCUGGAGACACUCACGCUCCGAGGCGGGCUGGGAUCAGGACCGGAGCGGAUCCAGGGCCGGGGAGGAUGUGCGCGGAUGAGUCCGGACCAUGAGAGCAGAAAGUGGAGCCAGACGCACUGAGCCGCAGCGAUAAGACAGCGCGCAGCAAAAUGAAGACACCUAUGCGCCAUGGGGUAGCCGUGCUUCUCGUCCUCCUCUUGUGCGCCAGCUUGUUCCUCGUGUACAACGGCAGCUUCAACAGUCCUUCCAGGGAAACUAACGACACCCGCGUCCGACAGCAUGAACAUCUGCAGCAGCCGCCCGAAGCCUCCGGCAGCACGGCGAAGCCUCACCUGCCGGCCCUCCAGGGAUACAUCGGCAUCAUCGACCAUAAGCCUCUCAGGAUGCACUGCCACACCUGCUCUCUGAUCACCAGCUCCGGCCAUCUCAUCGGCGGACGCCGGGGAAAGGAGAUCGACCGGGCCGAGUGCGUCAUCCGCAUGAACGACGCCCCCACCGCCGGCGCGUACGGCCAGGACGUCGGCCGCCGCACCUCCCUGCGAGUCAUCGCCCACUCCAGCAUGCAGCGGGUGCUGCGCAGCCGCCACGAGCUGCUCAACGCCAGCCAGGACACGGUGUUCAUCUUCUGGGGCCCCAGCAACUACAUGAGGCGGGACGGGAAGGGCCUGGUGUACAACAACCUGCGGCUGAUGAACCAGGUGCUGCCCAAGCUCAAGGUCUACAUCAUCUCCUGGCAGAAGAUGCUGCAGUUUGACGAGUUGUUCAAGAAGGAGACGGGCAAAGACAGGAAGAUUUCCAACUCGUGGCUGAGCACCGGCUGGUUCACCAUGACCAUCGCUCUGGAGCUCUGCGAUAGGAUCAACGUGUUCGGCAUGGUGGCCCCCGACUUCUGCAGGGAGCCUCAGCACCAGUCCGUCCCCUACCACUACUACGAGCCGCGGGGGCCCGACGAGUGCGCCAUGUACAUCUCCCAUGAGCGCGGCAAACGCGGCAGCCACCACCGCUUCAUCACGGAGAAGCGCGCCUUUGCCAACUGGGCAAGGACUUUUGACAUCCACUUCUUCCAGCCGGACUGGAGCCCCCCUCCUCUCCCAGACAACCGGACACUGCCGGGAACGGCCGCCGCCGCCGCCGCCAUGGUUCUGCAGAAUACGUGACUGCCAGUGGAGCUGGGAUACACUUUUAGAGAUCCAAUCGCUGCGAUGGACAACUGGAAAAAACAGACAGUGCUGCAUGGAUGAGGAUUCCCUUUGCUGCAGCCAGAGUUUUAUUCAUGGAGGGACAUGAUGCGGCUCAGAGCUGUUUGAAAACCUGGAAGGCAGGAUCAUCAAAUGCUCUGAAGGCGUGUGUGAGUGUGUGUGUGUGUGUGUGGCAUGUAUUUGAUGUAUUGUGGGGACCAUUUUCCUGACACAUAUUCCAUUGUGGGGACCCAAGGGGAUGAAAGCCUGGUCCCCACAAGGAGAAAUGUUUUUGUGUUAGGGGUUAGGUUUAAGACUAAGGUGUGAAUUGAGUUUUGGUUAAGGUUAGGAAUGUGAUGGUUAAGGUUAGGAAUGUGAUGGUUAGGGUUAGGAAUGUGAUGGUUAGGGUUAGGAAUGUGAUGGUUAAGGUUAGAGUAGGGUUAUUAUCAAGGUCUGCUUAUGCUGCAGACCUUGAUAAUAAUUCAUGCCGCCAUUAAAUGGCAUUUGGAACAAUAUUCAUUUCCAAAUGUGGCCAUAAUUUCAUUUUUUGAGGAUAUUUGAUAAAAUAAGAUUUAUUUGUCAUUGUCAUCAACCGAUUACGAGUUUGGAUUGAAAACACUUUUUUUUAAAAUAACACUGAAGCCCAGAUAUCCAGGACCCCUUUUGGCUUUUUUUAAAAAUAAUUAAAAGUGAAAUUUGAAGAUAUAUUAUUGCAACAGGGCUUAAAAGUAAAUUUUAUAUUGGGUUUUUGCUUUUUCAAAUGACCAGAAACAGAAGUCUCCUCUUGGCAGGUUAGCCUGAUAGUUCACUGUCUGUAACAUUGGCAUGUAUGUGUAUGUGUGCGUGUGUGUGUGUGUGUGUGGGUGUGUGUGUGUGUGUUUUCACCAGAGGAUCACAGAAGAUGCAAACUGGAGGAUAGUUUUCCAGAUGAAAGACCCAAACAGGACAGAGAUUAAAUUUUCAUUCCCCUCAAACCAUAAACAUCAACGCACUUCCUUGAGAUUUUAUUUGAUGAACUACAGUAGUUGGUGGUACGUAAUUUGUAAAUUUUGGACAUUUUAAAUUCAGACAUUUUCUAAAAUUUUAGUUUUUCCAAAUCUUCAAACUCAAAUUUUCUAGGACAAAAAGUGGAAAUUUCUGAGUUUGAA